AUGUAUCUCACCCCAUUAUCUCUCUCUGUCUCUCAGCUGGUAGCCAACACGGCGCUGUUCGUGUGUGUGAACGUGGGUGGUGUGUUCACUCACUACCCGGGGGAGGCCGCCAGGAGACAAGCCUUCAUGGAGACCCGUCAGUGUGUGGCCACCAGGAUCAAGACCCAGCGUGAGAACCACCAGCAGGAGCGUCUGUUGCUGUCUGUGCUGCCUCGACACGUGGCUAUGGAGAUGAAGUCAGACAUAGCUGGUACACCCAAGGACACCAUGUUUCAUAAGAUCUACAUCCAGCGUCAUGAUAACGUCAGCAUCCUGUUUGCCGACAUCUGCGGGUUCACCACUCUGUCUGACCAGUGCACAGCCGAGGAGUUGGUCCGCCUCUUGAGUGAACUGUUUGCUCGAUUCGACCGUCUAGCCGCUGAACAUCACUGCCUCAGGAUCAAGUUACUAGGCGACUGUUACUACUGUGUAAGUGGUCUACCGGAGGCCAGACCCGACCAUGCCCACUGCUGCGUCGAGAUGGGUCUAGACAUGAUCGAGGCCAUAGCGCUGGUGCGGGAGGUAACGGGAGUCAACGUGAACAUGAGGGUUGGCAUCCACUCCGGCCGAGUCCAUUGUGGCGUUUUGGGUCUCCGGAAAUGGCAGUUUGAUGUGUGGUCGAAUGACGUGACCCUCGCUAACUACAUGGAAUCCGGGGGCAUACCAGGGAGGAUUCACGUGACAAAGGAGACGCUGAGAUACUUGAGUGGGGAUUACAAGGUGGAACCAGGGAACGGUGGAGAGAGGAACCAAUACCUGAAGAUGAUGCAUAUAGAGACCUACCUUAUAGUACCUGACGGUGACUACAAAGAUCCACACGCCAAGAAGACCUCAAUGUACAGCAUGAACGGCAGCGUGAGUAAAGAGAUGAGGAUGAUCGGCCAUAUGGACCCCAGCAAAGCUAACACCAACAUCCACAACAAGCUCGGGUUGAGUGAGUCUCAGCUGGGGAAGAAUACGACGGAGGAGGUGAACGACUACCUAGCGAGGGCCAUUGAUGCUCGCUCCAUAGACAGGCUCAGGAAGGAACACUGUCGACGAUUUCUACUGACCUUCCGGGAGUCUAAAGUGGAAGAGAAGUACUCUAGAGAAAGAGACAAGAUGCUUCCAGCUUAUUUCAUUUUCUCCUGGAUAACCAUUGUCUUCAUCUCCAUCGUUCAGCUCACCAUCAUCCCCAGAUUCUAUGUGUCAGUGGGCGUGUUCCUAGUGGGCAUUAUCUUGAGUACGCUGAUUAUCUUCCUUGUCCAGGCUGAGAAGAGCGAGUGUGUGCCAAGAUGGGUCGCAAAGAUGAGCUCUGCGGUCGCCAGCAGUCGUACGGUCAGUCAGAUGUUGGCGUCCCUGGUGGUGCUGGUGCUCUUCCUCUGCUCAAUUACUUCCAUGUUCCUGCUUGACCUGGACAGCUAUCGGGAAUGUUACCUACAAGCAAAUGACAACAGUACCAACAUGUCAUCAAAUGACACCAACACCACAGCCGAGGAAUGGUGGGUCGUGUCGGAUAGUUUGACCCUGCAGGCGCCGAAGGUCACACCGGUACUCGACCAGUUCAACGUGACCCUGGGAGAUGAGGUCAACUUGUGUCAUGAGGGCACUACCACACACUUCCCUGAUUACUUCACCUUCUGCGUGUUGCUGGUGAUGGUGUCGUGCGCCGUCUAUCAGCUCAUGUUUAGUAUCAUCAAGCUACUGCUCCUGGGGGCUGUGUGUGUCGCAUACAUCUCCAUGGUCCUGGUGACACAUGGGACGCUCUUCGACAACCAGGACGCUCUCAUCUUGCUUAGUCGAGGGGACGGGGAGCUCUUCAUCUCGAGGUACGUGACCGUGGCGGUGUUGGUGGGGUUCACUGUGGCCUUCGUCAUCCACGCCCGUCAGACUGAGGCAACAUCGCGCCUCGACUUUUUGUGGAAACUCCAGGCUCAUGAGGAGAAGGAGGAGAUCGAACACCUUCAAGCCUAUAACAGAAAGCUCAUAGCCAACAUUCUCCCAGAACACGUAGCAAUUCAUUUCCUCAGCGUCGACAAAGCCCCAGACGAGCUGUACCACGAGGAGUGUGAGAGUGUCUGUAUCCUGUUCGCAUCCAUCCCAAACUUCUCCGACUUCUAUAUGGAGUUAGAGUCCAAUAACGAGGGUGUGGAGUGUUUGAGGCUACUGAACGAGAUCAUCGCUGACUUUGAUGAGCUCUUAGAGGAGGAACGCUUUAGAUGUAUAGAGAAAAUCAAGUCGACAGGAGCUACGUACAUGGCUGCUGCUGGUCUCACGAAGGCAUCUAGAGAUUUGAAAAACUACAGUCACGUCACGGCCAUGGCAGAUUACGCACUGAGGCUGAGAGACCAACUGGAGUACGUCAAUGAGCAUUCCUUCAAUAAUUUCAAAAUACGAAUAGGUAUUAACAUAGGACCUGUGGUCGCCGGGGUGAUCGGGGCGCGUAAACCGCAGUAUGAUAUUUGGGGUAACGCCGUGAACGUGGCUUCUAGAAUGGAUUCGACCGGGGAGCUCGAUAAGAUACAAGUUACACAAGAAGUUUACCAGAUCCUGCACAAGAAGGGCUACCCACUUACCUGUCGGGGGGUGAUCAAGGUGAAGGGCAAGGGAGACAUGGUCACAUAUUUCCUCAACGGCAAGAGUCACGACACGAUAGAGGAGGACUGUCCCAAGGCUGCCACGACAACUGACUCUACCGAGAAUCACAAGUAGGAGGCAGAGAUUACCGAUGCCCGACAGUAAUAAAAUAGCACAGUAUUAAAUAAAUGUGCAGAACAGAGAGACAAUAGUGACUGUGGUAAACCGUUAAUUGCCAGUUCUCCAUGUGAGGACUCGCCUGUCAUCUUCCACUGAAAUACAAGAAAAAAGAAAUAUCAACAGUGCAGGGAAAGCAAUUUUGAUUUGCAUAAUGUUGCAAACUUGACUGAGAAUAAACAUUUAAGGCUACAUCAGUACUGUUGACAGGAUUUGGUGGGGAAAUGUGUAUGUGUGUGAACUCUUACCACUGAUGUGAAGCUACUGUUGUAAGGCCAUCAGAUAGAUAUUCCAUACACAGUGAAGUAACUUUGCUUAAACUGUGAUCUUUUUCCAUAACCCUUCCGUCACUAACUCUACAGGUGUGUGUGGGAAGCAUAUACCUUUAUAAGUCAAUAGUCUUCUAAAGCGCUUAUGUAAUCAUUAAGGUUCUUGAUAUAUGCUGAGUUCCAAAGUAUGAAGAGACAUUUUUUUUCUCUCUAUCUCUCAGUCUUGUGGAGUCUUUGAGAUCGAUAUUGUUCUUUGAAUCCAUUAUGCUAUAUGUGUGUCUACUCUAUACCUACUCCUUCUACGUGAAAUUAAAAGUGCCAUAACAAAAAUUACUUAUAUGUGCUUUCUUUCUCGUUCUUUCAUUCUCUCCCUCACUCGCUAAAAUAAUCCUCCUCAAAUGAAUGGAAGAUAUACAGUAUAUAUCAAAAGUAUUCUUAUAAUGACACUGCCUGACACAACUAGUCAUUUACAUUACAAACUUUAUAUAUGUCCAGGUCGUCAUGGUGACUUUCUGUUUUGUUUGUUUGUUUGUUUUUGUCUAUAAUAAUCUAAAACAGGAUCUGAUAUUUAUCCCUGUGUUAUGCAGUAUAAAGAAUUUAUCUGCAUCUUUAUCUUUCUCUCUGUGGGUCUCUGUGGGGUCUCUGUGGACCUCUGUGGGUCUCUGUGGACCUCUGUGGGGUCUCUGUGGGGCCUCUGUAGACCUCUGUGGGGUGUCUGUGGACCUCUGUGGGGUCUCUGUGGACCUCUGUGGGGUCUCUUUGGGGUCUCUGUGGAGCUCUGUGGGGCCUCUGUGGGCCUCUUAAAUGACACCUGUACUUGAUUUAGUCACUUAUUCACCUAACAUACGAUAGCCUGCUGAUAUGUUUUCCAUUCAUUCUUCACAUUCAUUUGUUCAUUGUGUUAUGAUCCUUGUGGAGUGAUUCAUUGAUCAGAUGUCUGUAACACAAGUGAUAUUCCAGAAUUGCAUGUUCUUCACAUACAGUUCUCAAGUGUAUGUUUAUAAACAAUUCUAUUUCAUAGUGUAAAUAUUGUAUGGGGAAUGGCCAAAAUGUGGAUAUGUGGAUUUUCAGUGAGAAACAGCCCAUAUUGUAUACAUUUCUCUAGUGUAUGUUAUUAUAUCAUUCUGCUAUUUCAUAAUGUAAAUAUGAGGGAUGGCCAACAUGUGGAUUUUCAAUGAAAAAUAUACUGUACCUUACUGGGAAGGAAGCAGCUAAUGAAUUCCUGUAUAUGUAAAUAUGUACAUACCAUAAGCAUCCAUUUAGUGUUUCUCACUUAGUAUUACAUAUAUACUUUCUCAUUUUUGUUCAGAGGAAAGUCAGUCAGAGAGUCACUGUUUCUUUGAGAGUCAGCUCAUGCACUUCAGUGAGCUUCAAAGUCAGAUAUAUCUAUAUAUAUAUCUAUGGGACCAUCUAGUGUGCUUCGUAUUAAAGAUAAAAGCAGUAAAAAAAAAAGACUGAUUUAGAUGUCUUAUAACAUAUGUAAUUGAAGAUUUAGACAGAUUUAGACAUCUUAUAAUGUAUGUAAGUGAGGAUUUAGACAGAUUUAGAGGAUUUUAGACAGUAUGUUUCAUUUCAUGUUGUGAUUUUGUUGUUUGGCCUUGUCCUGAAUGUGUAUACUAUGGUGAACGGUAUCCAAAGAGAGUUGACCUGAUGCCUGUAAACACUGACGGUUGAUCAGAUCCACCAGGUAGACUAAGGUGAGGGACAAUUGAAAGGUGUAUCAGGGACCGGGUUGAAAAAUUGAAUGAAUCUGUAAGUAAAUGGAUAAUUAAAUAAGUACUGUAAAUUCCUUGUCUAUCAGGAAUGGAUUUAUGUGAAGCAGGACAGUUAAGUCGAGUGUAUGAUGGUAGGUCAUAAGAGGCUUCACUCCUAAUAGGUGCUAAUGUAACCUAACCUGAGCUCACCUAACCUAAUCUAACAUGACCUAACUUGACCUAACAU